CCCCCGGGAGGGUGUCCAGCCGCCUCUCGAGGUGGAAAGGCGCCGAAGCCAGGGAGGCGGGCGCCUUCCUGGAAAAGAAGUGGGUCGGCCUCAGCGGAAAAGCAAGCCCAACACCAGAAGGGGAAGAUCCCGGAACUGGACGUGAAAACACCGUUCUCCCUGGAGCUUUCCGGACCCAAUUAGAGGUUGUACCCGGCCCGGUUACCGUGGUAACAGGCGUCGCGGUUUGUCAAGGAACCGAGGGAAGAGGCUGCGAUUGGGAUCGAGGCGUUGUGCCUUCGGAAGCCAUGCUCUCAGCUACUGAGCUUUGAGGGACGUGUCCUGGGGCCUCUGGCAGGGUCAGGACUGCAUAGGCACGGGUCAGCCAAUACCCCGGACCUGAGCAAGAGGCUGGGUCCCUGGGAAUGCAGACUUUGACCACUCUACCCUCCGCGCGGGCGGGGGUCAAGGCAGAGCCCUGUCUUUCCACAGACUCAAGAGGCCUAUUUUCAGGUCCACCAUGGAGUCUUCCUCAAAGGGUCGGCUCACCCAGGUUACUCAGCUCUGGAACCUCCUAGAUGAUCUGGCUGAAAGUGAUCCUGAGAGCUAUAAAAAGUUCAUUCAGCAGCAGCUCAAAGAAGGGAAAGAGCUCUGUGCUGCCCCAGAACCACAGCUCUGUCUACAAAGCAGGAUCCUGAAACCAAAGGAAAAAGUACUUUUUAUUAACCUGUGUCAGUGGAAAAGGAUCCCAGCUCCUCAAUCAGCCACUCAUCCAGUACUUAUAAGUGUUGGCAAACCAGAAGAUAUGUCUGAGACAUCAGAUGUUUAUACAGUCAUCAGUGUUGCCUACAAUCCUGAUGUUCUCCAGGCAGCAGAAAAGGACCAAGUGAAAAAAGACCAGUUAAUACGGAUGGCCAUGAAAUGCAUUGAGGAAAAAUUCCAAUUCACUCUCUCACACUCUUACAGUAUCACUAAAUUUAGAAUAAAAGGAAGCAUUGAAAGGAUGAAACAAAAUCUGAUGGGAAUGCAAGCUCACCCUACAGAUUUAAGAGAGAAAAUGAGAAAGGAACUAACCUUUGAAGAGAUAAGUAGUACUCUGAGCAAUCCAGAUCACUUUCAACUUUUAUUGCCAAAAGGCGAAGUUUCAAGCAAAAAAAGAUGUCUGAUUGAGGAGAUUUCCAGUACAGAGAUCCAGGUAGAGAUGAAGGAACCAACCUAUGAAUUAAAAAUUGUGGCUGACCAGAAGGAGAAACCUCAGAAAAUUGAAAUAAAAGUUGAAUUACCUGGUAUUAAUUCAGUGUCUCUCUGUGACCUUAGUGUUUCUGAGGAUGAUUUAUUGAUUGAGGUCUCUGAGAAGUACAGAUUACAUCUGAAUCUUCCGGAAUCUGUGAAUACUGAAAUGACUACAGCCAAAUUUAUCAAAGAGAAAGCUACAUUAAUCAUCACAAUGCCAUUGGUAUAAGUCAAGAGCAUCAUCUGCUUUGGGUUUUCAGUGCUGACUAAAGACAUGUGAAUAAUAGGACCUUCAUUAUGGGUGACAUUAUGGGUGAAGAAGUAAUGGUUUACCUGAAACAUUAGUAUUUUCUAAGAGUUCUUUUUGAUGGAAUGAGAUUUUCUCAUCAACUUAUGUUUGUCUUUUUUUCCUUCUUCUCAAACUUGGCUAGAAGCAGAAACUAUUAAAAUAGUAUUGCCAUGAUAGAUGGUUUUGAAGCCAUUUCUCUUAAAAUAACAAAUUGUCAUUUGGGAAAAUUCUUUGUGUUUCCAAGUAAAUUGUGAAAAUUCUUGA